UCCUUGUCAAGGAGUAUAAAUGAAAAAGCCUCUCAGCCAUCACCAUAUGAUUGUGAAUCUCACUGCAAAUAUGCUGGCCUCAGGGAUACUCUUGUUGAUUCUGCUAACUUGCUUGGGUGUAGUGGCCUUGAUGUCUGUCUGGAAACAGAGAACGGUCUGGGGGAAGCUGCCUCCUGGACCCACUCCACUGCCUCUCAUUGGAAACUACUUGCAGUUGGACACAAAGAAGAUGUACAGCUGCCUCAUGAAGAUGAGCAAGCUCUAUGGCCCAGUGUUCACCAUCUAUCUGGGAUUUCGCCGGGUGGUGGUGCUGUGUGGAUAUGACGCAAUAAAGGAGGCUCUGGUGGACCAGGCUGAGGACUUUAGUGGGAGAGGCGAACAUGUCACCUUCAACAGGCUCAUCCAAGGCUAUGGCGUGACAUUCAGCAACGGGGAGAGGUCCAAGCAACUUCGACGUUUCUCCAUUUCUACACUGAGAGACUUUGGUGUGGGCAAACGUGGCAUUGAGGAGAGAAUCAAGGAAGAAGCAGAAUACCUCCUCCAGGCCAUUCAGGGCACACGUGGUGCCUUCAUCGAUCCCAACUACUACCUGAGAAAAUCGGUCUCCAAUGUCAUGAAUUCCAUUGUCUUUGGAGAUCGCUUUGACUAUGAGGAUGAAGAGUUCCUUUCACUGCUACAAAUGACAAUGGGAAUCAACAGAUUUUUAGCCUCACCUGUGGGACAGCUCUAUGAGAUAUUUUAUUCAGUGAUGAAACACUUGCCAGGACCACAGCAAGAAGCCUUCAAGAACAUGCAGGGAUUGGAGAACUUUAUGAUCAAGAAGGUGGAGCAGAACCAGCGCACACUGGAUCCCAAUGCCCCACGAAACCUCAUUGACUCCUUUCUCAUUCGCAUGCAGGAGGAGAAGAAGAACCCCAACACAGAAUUCCACAUGAAGAACCUGGUGAUGACCAUACUGAGCCUAUUCUUUGCAGGCACAGAGACUGUCAGCUCAACUCUGCGUUUUGGCUUCCUGCUGUUCAUGAAGUACCCAGAAGUGGAGGCCAAGGUCCAUGAGGAGAUUGACCGAGUGAUUGGAAAGAACCGACAACCCCAGUUCGAGGACCGAAUGAAGAUGCCCUAUAUGGAGGCAGUGAUACAUGAGAUCCAAAGAUUUGCAAACUUUACCCCCAUGGGUAUAUCUCGCAGGAUCACGAAAAACACCAUAUUUCAGGACUUCUUUCUUCCCAAGGGCACUGAAGUGUUCCCUAUGCUGGGUUCUGUGCUGACAGAUUCUAAUUUCUUCUCCAACCCAGAAGAUUUCAAUCCUCAGCAUUUUCUGGAUGAUAAGGGCCAGUUUAAAAAGAAUGAUGGUUUUAUACCCUUUUCCCUUGGAAAGAGGAACUGUUUUGGGGAAGGCCUCGCUAGAAUGGAGCUCUUUCUCUUCUUUACCAUCAUUAUGCAGAAUUUCCGGUUCAAGUCCCCACAAGCACCUGAAGAUAUCUAUGUGUCUCCAAAACCUGUGGGAUUUACCAGGAUCAUGACAUCUUUCACCAUGAGCUUCCUUCCCCGCUGAUCCAGGAGUGAGGCAGGGAUGGGCAAGUUGAUAGGGCAAGGGGAAAAGGGAGGGACAAAGGGUGCGCCUAAAGGUAGGGGCGUGGCCAAGGAACCUGACUAAUAUUACAUAGAAAUGAAGGGCCAAGAGGGAUACAGCAAGGAGAACAGGCUUCUUGCUUUGCCAAAGGCAGAGUCUUCCAACUGGAUGAAGUGAAAAGCAUAUAUUGUGCUAUGCAUGAUUAUAAUAAUAAUUAUGAUAAUAAAUUACAGCUAUUAUUCAUUGA